GAGGACCCCGGUUGGUUUCAUUUUUUUGAAAUUUCAAUUUUAUUUCCGAUGAACGGAGAAAUCUCUCGUCCGCCGGAGCUAAUAUCGUCCCGGAAUCCUUGCAAGAGUUUUGAAAAUGCAAUACACAAAGCAGUUGAGGCAGAGCUCGCCGAGCUAGCGAAAAGCGACGCGAACGGCGGCGGAAAGAGUAAAGUGAAAGGACCUUGGUUGCCGGAGCAAGAUGAGGCUCUCACGAGGCUUGUGAAAAUGUGUGGGCCGAGGAACUGGAAUCUAAUCUCCCGUGGAAUCCCAGGUCGCUCUGGUAAAUCUUGCCGAUUACGUUGGUGUAAUCAGCUCGAUCCUAUCCUCAAACGAAAACCUUUCUCUGAUGAGGAGGAGCAUAUGAUAAUGUCUGCACAGGCGGUUCUUGGGAACAAAUGGUCUGUGAUUGCUAAACUCUUACCUGGGAGAACAGAUAAUGCCAUUAAGAAUCAUUGGAACUCUAAUCUUAGACGUAAACCAGCAGAACAAUGGAAGAUUCCUCUAUUGAUGUCUAAUACAGAGAUAGUAUAUCAACUGUAUCCAUCAAUGGUCAGAAGGAUAUCAAACGCAUCCCCCAAAGAACAUCUACCUCAAGAAGAAGAAACCGGUGUAUUAAGUGAUGAUAAAAUGGAUGAUGAAGCAAAGGAGCCUCCUCGGGAGCAAAAUAGUAAAACUGGUGUUUAUCGUCCAGUGGCUCGAAUGGGUGCUUUCAGUGUCUGUAAACCAGGAUACAUGGCUCCAUGUGAGGGACCUUUGGUUCAAGCAUCAAGACCUGACUCAUUGGCUGGUAAAUUUCUUCAGUCUCUUUGUUAUGAUCCUAUUAUCCCUUCAAAAUGCGGUCACGGUUGCUGCAACCAUCAAGACAGCACAACACUGUCAUCAUCGUCGGUGCUGGGAUCAGAGUUUGUGGAUUAUGAGGAACAUUCUUCUGCAGAGUUAGAUAAAGAAUUGAUCUCUAUAUCAAAUGACCUGAACAAUACUGCUUGGAUUAGGAGUGGGAAGGAAGCUGAACAGAGUUUGAAGGCUGAUGAUCAGUUUCGUCGUGAGUAUGCUCACUCGAAAUUUAGUGGAAUGGUAAACAAUGGUGUAUCAAGUCAGAUGGUGAGACAAGAUUUAAGGGCUUUGAGCUAACGUUAGAGACAAAACAUUCAUUCAAUAUCUCUUUGUUAAUUAUAUUCUUACCAGAUCAUAAAGAUUGAAACUUUACAAGUACUAAGCUGGCAUUUCCUGGGGAAAUUCUUCAAGGCAAAUAAAAAAAUUCGAAAAAAUGCAUUUUUAGAUAAAGUGAAUGAUUUUUAUGUUUUUCGACAAUUCGACUUCAAUAGGAUAUGUUCAUUUUGGGCAUCUUCGUAGGAAGGAUGUAUG